AAUCGAAGUUCACCGCCUCCGUUUGUAAUGCGCCGAAAUCAAUCAUAAAAGAAUGCGGGAGAGCGCUUUCAAAUACUUAUAAAUUAGGUCAAGUUUCGGGCCGUUUUACCCUCCAUUUUCGCUACUGAUUCUUGAAAUAAUUUUCGGAGGAACAACAAAAGAUAAAGUAAAUUGCGUUUAGGGUUCGCAAUAUUGAAUUGGAGAUUCGGCAGCCAUUUUUGGCGGAUUCGAAGAUCUGAUAUAGCUUUUAACAACAUUAUCAGUCAAUUAGAGAAGUUCAUUAAGUACUGUGAAUUAUUAUCCAAGAGAUGGAGAAUUCUACAAGUGUUGAAAAACGAAAGUUAGCAGAAGAAAACUCAGAGGGGGUAGAAGCUGAAAUCAAGAAUCAAGAAUCAGGGGCAAAAAAGCAAAGGACUGUGGCUAGGACUUGUGUCCAUGAAGUAGCAGUUCCAAGUGGUUAUACUUCCAUUAAAGAUGAAACUAUCCAUGGGACAUUAUCAGAUCCAGUUUACAAUGGGACAAUGGCUAAAACCUAUCCAUUUGUCCUUGAUCCAUUUCAGCAAAUUUCAGUCUCAUGUUUGGAAAGAAAAGAAUCAGUUCUAGUAUCAGCUCAUACUUCAGCUGGAAAAACCGCAGUUGCAGAGUAUGCAAUUGCUAUGUCUUUUAGAGACAAACAAAGGGUCAUCUACACAUCUCCAUUGAAAGCACUAAGCAACCAGAAAUACAGAGAAUUAAGUCAAGAGUUUUCUGAUGUUGGUUUAAUGACAGGUGAUGUCACACUCUCUCCAAAUGCAAGUUGUUUAGUCAUGACAACAGAGAUUCUUAGAGGAAUGCUUUAUAGAGGCUCUGAGGUUUUAAAAGAGGUUGCAUGGGUUAUCUUUGAUGAAAUCCACUACAUGAAGGAUCGUGAACGAGGGGUAGUUUGGGAAGAAAGUAUCAUCUUUUUACCUCCAGCUAUCAAGAUGGUGUUUCUUUCUGCUACCAUGUCAAAUGCUACUGAAUUUGCAGAAUGGAUAUGCAACAUACAUAAACAGCCAUGUCAUGUGGUGUACACUGAUUUUAGACCUACACCAUUGCAGCAUUAUGUGUUUCCCAAUGGUGGAUCAGGUUUAUAUCUUGUAGUGGAUGAAAAUGAGCAGUUUAGAGAGGACAAUUUCUUGAAACUGCAAGACACAUUCACUAAACAGAAGCAAAAUCUUGGUGGGAAUUCAAAAUCCAGUGGGAGAAUUGCUAAAGGAGGAAACGCUUCUGGAGGAUCUGAUAUAUACAAAAUCGUUAAGAUGAUCAUGGAAAGAAAAUUUCAACCAGUUAUAAUAUUCAGCUUUAGUAGAAGAGAAUGUGAGCAACAUGCAAUGUCAAUGACAAAACUUGAUUUCAAUAGUCAGGAAGAGAAAGAUGUUGUAGAACAAGUUUUCAAAAAUGCAAUAAUGUGUCUAAGUGAAGAAGAUAGAAACCUCCCUGCAAUUGAGCUCAUGUUGCCUUUAUUACAAAGAGGCAUUGCUGUUCAUCAUUCUGGCCUUCUCCCUAUCAUUAAAGAACUUGUAGAAUUAUUAUUUCAAGAAGGCCUUGUAAAAGCACUUUUUGCCACAGAAACGUUUGCUAUGGGGUUAAACAUGCCUGCAAAGACAGUUGUCUUUACCAGUGUUAGAAAAUGGGAUGGUGAUAGCCAUCGAUAUGUAGGAUCUGGUGAAUACAUUCAGAUGAGUGGAAGAGCUGGACGUAGAGGCAAAGAUGAACGUGGUAUAUGUAUCAUAAUGAUUGAUGAACAGAUGGAGAUGAAUACAUUAAAAGACAUGGUGUUGGGAAAACCAGCUCCACUUGUUAGUACUUUCAGACUUAGCUACUACUCAAUAUUGAACUUAAUGAGACGUGCUGAAGGCCAGUUUACAGCAGAGCAUGUUAUCAGAAAUUCUUUUCACCAGUUUCAGUAUGAAAAGACCUUACCUGAUAUAGGGAAAAAGGUUGCAAAGCUAGAAGAGGAAGUGGUUAAGCUUGAGGCUUCUGGGGAGGCUGAUGUUGCUGAAUAUCAUAAGCUUAAGCUUGAAAUCUCUGAACUUGAGACAAAAAUGAUGGCAGAAAUAACAAGACCUGAGAGAGCUCUAUAUUUUCUUCUACCUGGUAGAUUGGUUAAGGUUCGAGAAGCCGGGACAGAUUGGGGGUGGGGGGUGGUUGUAAAUGUGGUAAAAAAACCAGCCCCACCACUAGGGUCAUUGCCACCUGGCGUGUCUUCUUCACGUGGCAGUAGCUAUAUAGUAGACACCUUACUUCAUUGUUCCAUUGGCUCAAGUGAAAGUGGCUCUCGCCCUAAGCCAUGUCCACCUCGUUCUGGACAAAAGGGUGAAAUGCAUGUGGUUCCUGUUCAAUUGCCAUUGAUAUCAGCAUUAAGCAAACUUAGAAUUUCAAUUGCUCCUGAUCUUCGUCCAAUUGAAGUCAGACAAAGCAUUCUAUUAGCUGUUCAAGAACUUCAAAAACGUUUCCCUCAAGGUCUUCCAAAACUUAAUCCUGUCAAGGAUAUGGGCAUAGAAGAACCUCAGUUUGUAGACCUGGUGAAUCAGAUUGAGAAACUUGAACAACAAUUGCUUUCUCACCCAUUAAACAAGUCUCGAGAUGAAAAUCAGAUCCAAUGUUUCCAGAGGAAAGCGGAAGUCAAUCAUGAAAUUCAACAGCUGAAAACCAAAAUGCGUGAUUCACAGCUUCAAAAAUUUCGUGAUGAGCUUAAGAACAGAUCACGGGUUUUAAAGAAGCUUGGACAUAUUGAUAGUGAAGGAAUAGUGCAAGUGAAGGGUCGUGCAGCUUGUUUGAUUGAUACAGGAGAUGAACUUCUAGUCACUGAAUUGAUGUUUAAUGGUACUUUUAAUGAUCUGGAUCAUCAUCAAAUUGCAGCACUUGCAAGUUGCUUUAUUCCAGGAGAUAAAUCGAGUGAGCAAAUUCAUUUAAGAUCAGAGCUUUCUAAACCAUUGCAACAGCUUCAAGAUAGUGCUCGUAGAAUAGCAGAGAUACAAAAUGAAUGCAAAUUGGAAGUAAAUGUGGAUGAGUAUGUGGAGGCAGCUGUUAGACCCUUUUUGAUGGAUGUCAUAUAUUGUUGGUCAAAAGGAUCAUCUUUUUCUGAAGUUAUACAAAUGACCGAUAUCUUUGAGGGGAGUAUUAUCAGACUUGCUAGAAGGCUUGAUGAGUUUCUAAAUCAGUUGCGGGCAGCUGCACAUGCUGUUGGAGAAGCUGGUUUAGAGGAGAAGUUUGGUGCGGCGAGUGAAAGCUUGCGAAGAGGCAUUAUGUUUGCUAAUUCUCUGUAUCUGUGAGUGAGGGGAUGUAAGUUUUUAUCUUAGAUUUGGAAAAAUGGUGGUUAGCAUAUGAAUUAUGAUAGAGGUAGGUGGUGUAGGGAUUUUAUUCUUUGAUACCAAAGGGUUAUUUUUCUUUUUUAGACAACGUAGGUG